CCUGAUAUUCUGGAGACAUAUCAUACUGUCUGGCAGUCAGUUAAUGGUACACCGUUCGACACAAAAACAGAGAUUACUGAUACUGCUCGUGGAGUGUUUACAGUUCGUCUGCCUAUUCCAUAUGAAUCAGUUAACUCUGGAAAUGAAACAAUUAUUGGUUAUUUUGUCGGCAAAGAUCCCAUCUAUACACCGUAUUGGACAAGAAUGACAGAACCGACUAUAGUCGAUACAGAAGCUGGAGAAA